UGUUAGCAAAAUUUUCUCUCCAUGUAAAGUCAGUGGUUAUUAGCUGCAGUGGAGCCGGUAAAGCAGAGCUCUGAGAGAGUUCUUCAUCACAGACAGAGAUGUUUCUAGCGGUUCUGAAGCCGGUGUUGGGCCUGAGAUCAGUUUACCGACUGCAGAGGAUACGAGCGCAUAUGAUGAGCAGUAUGUCGAGCUCAGAGGUUCUGAUGGAGAAAGUGGGGAACGCUGGAGUGAUCACCCUGAACAGACCCAAAGCCCUCAACGCUCUCAACCUCUCCAUGAUCCGGCUGCUCUACCCCCAGCUGAAGAAAUGGGAAAGCGAUUCGGAGACGGACCUCGUGAUCAUUAAAGGUGCCGGAGGUAAAGCUUUCUGCGCCGGAGGAGACAUCCGAGCUGUUACAGAAGCGGGUAAAUCGGGAGGUUCUUUAGCGCAGGACUUCUUCAGGGAGGAGUACAUUUUAAACAAUGCCAUCGGGACUUACAGGAAGCCCUACGUGGCCCUCAUCGAUGGAAUAACCAUGGGAGGUGGUGUUGGGCUUUCAGUCCACGGGCACUUUCGUGUGGCCACGGAGAAGACGUUGUUCGCCAUGCCGGAGACGGCCAUCGGAUUAUUCCCCGAUGUCGGCGGGGGCUACUUCCUGCCAAGGCUGCAGGGAAAGCUGGGACUCUUCCUCGCCCUGACAGGGUUUCGGCUGAAAGGUCGAGACGUGCAGAGGUCAGGAGUCGCCACACACUUCGUCCAGUCAGAGAAGAUCUCGGCUCUGGAGAAGGAUCUGGUGGGUUUAAAGUCUCCCUCGGCCCGGGACGUUGCUGCCGUUCUUGACUCUUAUCAGGACCAGAGCACGCUGGAUGCAGAGAAGCCGUUUGUCCUGCAGCAGCACACAGGAGCCAUCGACAGGCUGUUUGAAGGCAGCAGUGUGGAGGAGAUCCUGGAGAAGCUGCAGAAGGAUCAGUCCGUGUUUGCACACAAGCAGGUGGAGACGUUGUUGAAGAUGUCUCCGACGUCACUGAAGUUCACCUUCAGACAGCUGCAGGCUGGAGCCAGUCUGAGCCUUCAGGAGGUGUUAGUGAUGGAGUACAGACUCAGCCAGGCCUGUAUGAGAGGACACGAUUUCUACGAAGGUGUAAGAGCUGUGUUAAUUGAUAAAGAUCAGAGUCCGAAGUGGAAACCGGCGACGCUAGCCGAAGUCUCGGAGCAGAGCGUGGAGGAAAGCUUCGCCUCUCUGGGAGAUAAAGAUCUCAAACUGUGAACACUACAAGCCGAAUCACCUGGAGUUCCGUAGUUUAGGCGGGAAUCAUGGCAGACAUGCGGUUUUAUUUUAUUUUCGAGUCUCGAAAGGCGCCGAGGCGUGCGAUAAACAUAGGCGACCUGCUGUUUUGUUUAUUAGGCUGUAACGUUCUCUCCAUCCGGCUGUGCUUUAUGUUCUCUGUACACGUCACGGGUGAAAAUCUCCACACUGUGAUCAGCAGUAUGGGGAAACUCCAAUGCAGUCCAUUUGAGUGUUAAUCAUCUGUUCUGUAAACCAGUAAACUACAUUCAUUCA